AUGCAGAAACAAUUGGUAAAUUUAGUUUAUAACUUGGACAUUAAUAAAUUUUAUUUUCAAUUUCUUUUUUUUUCUCCUUUUGUCUUUGUUCUUUAUCAAUUUAUUUCUCUUUCAUUUCUUCUCUCCUUAUUUUCUUUAAAAAUCUCCUCCUACCCUUCUCUUUCAUUUCCUCUCUCUCCUCUUCUUAUUUUCUUUCACAAUCUUCUCUUACCCUUUCCUUCUUCUUUUUCACUUCUCUUUCAUUUCCUCUCUCUCCUCUUCUUAUUUUCUUUCACAAUUUCCUCCUACCCUUUCCUUCUUCUUUUUCACUUCUCUUUCAUUUCCUCUCUCUCCUCUUCAUAUUUUCUUUUACAAUCUCCUCCUACCCUUUCCUUCUUCCCUCCUUCUUUUUCACUUCUCUUUCAUUUCCUCUCUCUUCUCUUCUUAUUUUCUUUCACAAUUUCCUCCUACCCUUUUCCUUCUUCUUUUUUCACUUCUCUUUCAUUUCCUCUCUCUCCUCUUCUUAUUUUCUUUUUACAAUUUCCUCCUACCCUUUCCUCCUUCUUUUUCACUUCUCUUUCAUUUCCUCUCUCUCAUCUUCUUAUUUUCUUUUACAAUCUCCUCCUACCCUUUCCUUCUUCUUUUUCACUUCUCUUUCAUUUCCUCUCUCUCCUCUUCUUAUUUUCUUUCACAAUUUCCUCCUACCCUUUCCUUCUUCUUUUUCACUUCUCUUUCAUUUCCUCUCUCUCCUCUUCAUAUUUUCUUUUACAAUCUCCUCCUACCCUUUCCUUCUUCCAUCCUUCUUUUUCACUUCUCUUUCAUUUCCUCUCUCUCCUCUUCUUAUUUUCUUUCACAAUUUCCUCCUACCCUUUCCUUCUUCCUCCUUCUUUUUCACUUCUCUUUCAUUUCCUCUCUCUCCUCUUCUUAUUUUCUUUCACAAUUUCCUCCUACCCUUCCUUCUUCUUUUCACUUCUCUUUCAUUUCCUCUCUCUCCUCUUCUUAUUUUCUUUUUUUACAAUUUCCUCCUACCCUUUCCUUUUCUUCCUCCUUCUUUUUUCUCUUUCAUUUCCUCUCUCUCCUCUUCUUAUUUUCUUUUACAAUCUCCUCCUACCCUUUCCUUCUUCCUCAUUCUUUUCACUUCUCUUUCAUUUCCUCUCUCUCCUCUUCUUAUUUUCUUUUCACAAUUUCCUCCUACCCUUUCCUUCUUCUUUUUCACUUCUCUUUCAUUUCCUCUCUCUCUUUUCUUAUUUUCUUUUACAAUUUCCUCCUACCCUUUCCUUCUUCCUCCUUCUUUUUCACUUCUCUUUCAUUUCCUCUCUCUCCUCUUCUUAUUUUCUUUUACAAUCUCCUCCUACCCUUUCCUUCUUCCUCCUUCUUUUUCACUUCUCUUUCAUUUCCUCUCUCUCCUCUUCUUAUUUUCUUUUUACAAUCUCCUUCUACCCCCUUCUUCCGUCUUCUUUUUUUUUCUCUUUCAUUUCCUCUCUCUCCUUUCAUAUUUUCUUUUUACAAUUUCCUCCUACCCUUUCCUUCUUUUUUUUCACUUCUCUUUCAUUUCCUCUCUCUCCUCUUCUUAUUUUCUUUUACAAUUUCCCUACCCUUUCCUUCUUCCUCCUUCUUUUCACUUCUCUUUCAUUACCUCUCUCUCCUCUUCUUAUUUUCUUUUACAAUUUCCUCCUACCCUUUCCUUCUUCUUUUUCACUUCUCUUUCAUUUCCUUUCUCUCCUCUUCAUAUUUUCUUUUACAAUCUUCUCUUACCUUUUCCUUCUUCUUUUUCACUUCUCUUUCAUUUCCUCUCUCUCCUCUUCUUAUUUUCUUUUACAAUCUUCUCUUACCCUCUCCUCUUCUUAUUUUCUUUCACAAUUUCCUCCUACCCUUUCCUUCUUCUUUUUCACUUCUCUUUCAUUUCCUCUCUCUCCUCUUCAUACUUUCUUUUACAAUCUCCUCCUACCCUUUCCUUCUUCCCUCCUUCUUUUUCACUUCUCUUUCAUUUCCUCUCUCACCUCUUCUUAUUUUCUUUCACAAUUUCCUCCUACCCGUUCCUUCUUCUUUUUCACUUCUCUUUCAUUUCCUCUCUCUCCUCUUCAUAUUUUCUUUUACAAUCUCCUCCUACCUUUCCUUCUUCCAUCCUUCUUUUUCACUUCUCUUUCAUUUCCUCUCUCCCUCUUCUUAUUUUCUUUUACAAUUUCCUCCUACCCUUUCCUUCUUCCCUCCUUCUUUUUCACUUCUCUUUCAUUUCCUCUCUCUCCUCUUCUUAUUUUCUUUCACAAUUUCCUCCUACCCUUUCCUUCUUCCCCUCCUUCUUUUCACUUCUCUUUCAUUUCCUCUCUCUCUUUCUUAUUUUCUUUCACAAUUUCCUCCUACCCUUUCCUUCUUCCGUCCUUCUUUUUCACUUCUCUUUCAUUUCCUCUCUCUCCUCUUCUUAUUUUCUUUCACAAUUUCCUCCUACCCUUUCCUUCUUCUUUUUCACUUCUCUUUCAUUUCCUCUCUCUCCUCUUCUUAUUUUCUUUCACAAUUUCCUCCUACCCUUUCCUUCUUCUUUUUCACUUCUCUUUCAUUUCCUCUCUCUCCUCUUCAUAUUUUCUUUUACAAUCUUCUCUUACCCUUUCCUUCUUCUUUUUCACUUCUCUUUCAUUUCCUCUCUCUCCUCUUCUUAUUUUCUUUUACAAUCUCCUCUUACCCUCUCCUCUUCUUAUUUUCUUUCACAAUUUCCUCCUACCCUUUCCUUCUUCUUUUUCACUUCUCUUUCAUUUCCUCUCUCUCCUCUUCAUAUUUUCUUUUACAAUCUCCUCCUACCCUUUCCUUCUUCCCUCCUUCUUUUUCACUUCUCUUUCAUUUCAUCUCUCUCCUCUUCUUAUUUUCUUUCACAAUUUCCUCCUACCCUUUCCAUCUUCUUUUUCACGUCUCUUUCAUUUCCUCUCUCUCCUCUUCAUAUUUUCUUUUACAAUCUUCUCUUACCCUUUCCUUCUUCUUUUUUCACUUCUCUUUCAUUUCCUCUCUCUCUCUUCUUAUUUUCUUUUACAAUCUCUUCUUACCCUCUCCUCUUCUUAUUUUCUUUUUUCAAUUUCCUCCUACCCUUUCCUUCUUCUUUUUCACUUCUCUUUCAUUUCCUCUCUCUCCUCUUCAUAUUUUCUUUUACAAUCUCCUCCUUUUCCUUCUCUCCCUUUCCUUCUUCCUCCUUUCUCCUUUUUUCACUUCUCUUUUCAUUUCCUCUCUCACCUCUUCUUAUUUUCUUUCUCAAUUUCCUCCUACCCUUUCCUUUUCUUUUCCUUUCUUUUUCACUUCUUCUUUCAUUUCCUCUCUCUCUCUUAUUUUCUUAUUUCCUCUCUCUCCUCUUCUUAA